AUGGGCAAGAAGAAAGGCGGCGGCGGCGGCGGCGGCGGCGGCGGCGGCGGAGCCCCGACGUUCGACCCCGCGGACGUCGCCUCCGAGACGUGGGAAGCGAUGACCGCGCGGCACGCGUCGGAGACGGCGACGAUCGAGGCGCACUGCGCGAGCAUGACGGGCAAGAAGGACAGGGACAAGAAGAUGCGGCUGGAGGGCGAGGUCCGCGACCGGCACUACCGCGAGAUCGCGGAGUGGGAGUCGAUCCACGAGGACGCGCGUGGAUCGGGGCCGCCGUCGGGAUCGGCGUCGGCGUCGAGCGACGACGAGGGAGAGAUGAAGGAGCGCGCGAUGUCGCCGUCGCCGCCGACGGCGGCGAUGGCGCGAGCGAGCGUCAGAGACGACGGCGACGGCGACGGCGACGGCGGGCCGACGAUUACGAAGGCGAUGAAGCGCCGCGCGAAGAAGGAGCGGGAAGAGCGCGAGCGCGAGGAAGCGAAGGAGGUGGAGCGCGCGAACGCGGGGCCGUCGGACGCGGCGCGCGAAUCCGACGCGCUGAAGAAGAAGCUCGCCCCGCGAGGGCUCGCGGUGAAAGAGGUCAAGGCGGACGGGAACUGCAUGUACCGCGCGGUGGAGGACCAGCUCAAGCGCCGAAGAGGCAUGUCGUCGUCGUCGUCGUCGUCGUCGUCGUCGUCUAUAACGCACGAUCACGCGGCGUUACGGAAACUCUGCGCGGACGCCAUGCGCGACGACGAGUGGAGCUACCGGCCGUUUCUCGAGGCGUGCGCCGAAACGGGCGACGCCGGCGACGACGCGUGGCGCGCCUACCUCCGCGAGGUCGAGGACGUCGAGAACGCGCGCUGGGGCGGGCAGCUCGAGCUGCGCGCGCUGUCGGACGCGCUGGGGCGAUCGAUUCGCGUGUACUCCGCGCACAUGCCGGACGUCGUGAUGGGAGGGGGCGAGGGAGAGGGAGAGGGAGGGGACGCGGCGAUCGAGGUGUGUUACCACCGACACGCGUUCGGCCUAGGCGAGCACUACAACUCCGUCGUCGACGCGACGUGA